AUGAACACACAAGAACUAUGUAAGAUUUUCGUAGCCAGAGAAUAUCCUCUGGUAGUGGUGCCCUUUAUAUAUUUUGUUCUAUUUUUACACCAGAAGUAUCACACUACUCUAAAUUAUGUCUGGUACCCUACGUGUUCUAAAAGAAUCUGGGUGAGAGAAAAAGGAAGAAAGUGCUCCUUUUUUUUUUUUUCAAAGGUGCCUCGGUCCGAUGGCUUCGCAAACAAUAGAUGCCAAAGGAAAUGA